CAACUCGUCGCUUCGACGGUGAAAAAUCCCAGCUUGGGUGGCUUCAUUGUGGGAAAGAGACUGUGAGUCUUAGAGAUAGGAUACAGAGAGGGAGUCAUGGCGGUGCGAGCAGCUGCGGCGGCUCCUCGUGGUCUUAGAAAACUAUUCUCGAGCUUCGCUUUCGCUCCUCCGCCCAGCAAUGCUGCAAAUACAGCUCUUCCACCGGCCGAACCGUCCACGAACCUCUUCGUCUCAGGCCUUAGCAAACGUACUACUACUGAAGGACUUAGAGAAGCCUUCUCAAAAUUUGGUCAAGUGGUUAAUGCUAGAGUUGUGACGGAUCGCGUGUCCGGAUAUUCGAAGGGUUUUGGUUUUGUACUGUAUGCCACUUUGGAAGAUGCUGCGGAAGGUAUAAAAGGCAUGGAUGGCAAGUUUCUGGAUGGAUGGGUUAUUUUUGCGGAGUAUGCGAGACCCAGAGAACCACCCUCACCGCCAUCUUCAGAGAGAGCUGGAUUUCCUCCAUUUGGACGUCCUUGACUUAGUUGAAAAUGGCCAAGCUUAUCAACCGUAUUAUAUUGCAGUUCUCUAUUUUGCAUUGAGAGAGCUCAAUUGUUUACUAUCAUCUGGCAUGGUAUCUUUUGCUGAAAGGCUUUGAACUUAUUGAACUGAAUGAGAAAACUAUUAGGAUUGCCAGGGGUAUAGUUUGUUAGAGUAGUUUCGAACAUCAAAUUGUAUCUUGUGGAACUGUGUUUGCUAUCUGUUAAUGUUUUGUGGGUUUGUAAUGU